AAAGCGCAAAGGCUGCUGGGGGAAAACCAAGAGGAGAGGCGACUGGCCGGCUGGGCCUCUCUUGCCGAGAGACUGUUUGACGGUUGGGCACACGCGCAGGCGCGCGCUGACUACUAGGCCUCGCGCCCCCUGGCAUGGAGCUGGUCUUGGCGGACACGCUACUCUCGCAAUGCCCCGACUCGGGCGCGCUGCUCAGGGCGGUGUGCGGCGAAGAUGCGGCGCUCUCAGUGGAGCGAGCAGAGAUGUUGCAUUUCCUUCUCCAGCGGGUGGCCGCGACGGCGGGAAGCGGUUGGCGCGGGCAGGGUAACGAGCGCGGGGAGGAGGAGGAGGCGGCGGCGGCGCGGCGGGUGGCCUGGGAGGCGGCGCUGGGUCGAUGCCUCCCGAUGCUGCUCAGCUGGGGCGCCGGCGGUGGCUCGGCCGGCGGGUCCCAGAAAGAGGAGCUGCGGCUGCUGAGAGCCGCCUGCGGGGCGCUGCAGUGCUGCGCCUCGCUCUGCGGGCCCCCGCUGGCGGAGCGCCUGGCCCAGAAGGCGCUGGAGGACGGGCAGCUGCGGACGGAAGCCGCCGUGGAAGUCCUGGCCGCCUUGGCCCCUUGGCUGGAGGAGCCAGAGCUUCUGGGGCGAACCGUGAAAGCGGCUCUGAGGCUGCUGCGUGGUGGUGGUGGUGGGGGGGAUGGCAGGGUGGAGGAGGAGGAGGAGGAGGAGGAAAGGGACGCUUUGCUGGUGGCGGGGAGGCUGCUGCCCGCGCUGGGCAGGAACAGCGCCGCCCUGAGACUCGUCUGGGAAGGGCUGAUGCUGGCGCCCAAGAGCGCCCCCGAGCGUGUCGGCCGGACUCUGCUGGUCUUGAGCGCCCUCUCCGACGCAGUGUUUCCCGCGGACGCGCAGCAGCAGCAGCGGGGCAGCAGUACUGGUGACGCGCCUCUCCAGCAGCUGGAUGCUCGGCUGUGUAGUCGCUUCUGGGACGUCGUGCAAAAGGGGCUGACCGAGAGCGACGCCCUGUGCAGGAAAAGAGCCCGUUACCUCUUGAAGCGAGCUGUGGACGUGUCCAAUAAACUAUGUGCGGAGUAUUGGUGCAGCACAGACGCUGAAAAUGGACCAUGUCUUUUCUGGUGGUGUGCUGAAAAAAAUAAUCAACUUACUCAGUUUUGGGACAAUUACAUUUUAAUUAUGGAGACUUUGGAAGGAAAUCAGAUACAUGUUAUAAAACCAGUAUUACCAAAGUUGAAUAGUUUAUAUGAACAUGCUGUAUCGGAACAAAAAGAUUGUUGGGUAUUUCACCCAUCAUGGCAUAUGUGCAUUUACAAAAGAAUGUUUGAGAGUGACAACAAAACUUUGAUAAGGGAAGGUGUCUUUCACUUCCUUGAAAUCUGGCAAACCAAUCGCUUUCCCACAUCACCAGGAUUUUCAGAGUUCAUUACUGGACCAUUAAUGGAUGCUCUUUCAGAAAGUUCUCUUUAUAGCAGGCUGUCAGGUCAGAUGAUAGGAACUUGUCCUCCCUUAGCAAUAAAACUGCAGAAGUUCUUGGCUACUUUCCUCACAAACCUCCCAGAGGAAGAAAAAAGUAGAUUUUUGUUAAAGUUUAUACAGAAGAUGAGCAAUAGGCACUGGUGUGCUGUUCCCAUUUUGUUUCUCUCCAUGGCAUUGGCACAUAUUCCAGCAUGUAGCGUUCUGGAUAUUGAAGGACUUCUAGCUCUGAGAGAUGUCCUGCAAUGUACUAUGAUCACACAUCAGAUACUGCUACGAGGAGCUGCCCAGUGCUAUCUUCUUAAAGCAGCUGUACUCCUGACAGAUGUGGAGAAAGUGUCACUCUCAGAUAUUUCAAACUUCAUUAUAUCUCUGCGACCAGAAGAAUCAUUAGGCAGAGGAACUGGUUUGUGGACAACGCUUUGUGAUUGGUUGCAUGCAAAUGACAAGUGCUUUCGAAGAUGGUUAAACUGUGAUGUGCCUCAAGACAAAACUGCGUUAGGUGUUUAUGUUCAGUUUCUUGUGGAAGAUUAUCUAAAAACACCUAUAGUCAGCCACGAUUGCCUUAUGCCUGAUUGGUUGGAAGCUAAACUUGUUGCUACAAUGAUUCUUCUGGCUGCAGAUGUGGAAGAGAUGAAGCAUAAAUCCAAUGGCAAUGGCAGCACUGAACGGAUUGAGCUGAAGGCUCUCCUAAACCCUCUACUGGAUGUCUUGCUGAAACUUGGCACAAAUCCCUACAUUUCAACACUGAAAACUGAUAAAUGCCUACAACUGCUAUUGAAGUUACUGCAGACUUGGUCAAUCAGACGUUACCGUUCACAAGUUGAUGGGAUAAUAACAUUUCUCCAGAAUUCAUUUAUGGCUGCCACAGAAAGUCUGUUGGAUUUUCUCCUCCGAAGACUUACAGCAAAUGAAUUAAAUACUAUUUCAGAUUUGGAGCGCUGUAAUUUAUAUCUGGCAGUAUUUUCAGAGCUAACAAACUUCUGCUCAAUCAAAUGCUGGAAAAAGAGGACAUCUAUCUGUAGUUUCAUCUCCUCUCUGAUAAAUGCCUCCCUCUGCAAUCUGCAAGAAAGGAAUAGUGAAGAGGAGGUAAAACUUGGUGAGCAGAUUCAGAAAGUAGUCAGCAUGGCAUCGCUAAGAAUCAUUUGUGAAAUUAUUGAUCAGAAGUCAGAUCUUCAGCUUGAAUCUCUACCAGCUGUAGAUACCCUGAAAACAGUGUUUUUAUGUGCACAACUUAACCAUGUAUUAAAGAAGCCUAGCAGUAUGGAAAAAAAUAGUUCCUUUGAGGAGCCAGCAUCUCAUCAAGGAUGGGGGAAAAUUGUUGCACUUUAUAUCCAUGACCAGUGGAGUUGUCUUCAUUUUAUUCUUAACAAUUAUCAAAAUGUUUCUAAGGACAAAAGUCUGGAGCAAUUUUUGUCUGAUGUUCAAAAAUGCACAAAAACUUUACAGUCUGCACUGGAAGCAAUAACUAUUCUUCCAUCUGACCAUGUUUCACCUGUGUUUCAUUGUAUGAAAAUACUGGUUUCCAAGCUUCUGGGAUCUUCUGAAUCUCUGUGCAUAGAAGCUUUUGAUCUAGCAUGGAAAACUAUAUCUUCUCUUAGCAACACACAGCUUAUAUUUUGGCCUAAUUUAAAAGCUUUUGUUCAGUUUGUGUUUGAUCCUGAAGUUCUUGCUGCUGCUGCAGAGAAUAAGAGUCAAGCAUACAUUAAAAUAAAGGAGAUCAUGUUUCAGAUGAUUGAAAUGUCCUCAACAAAAACUGGAGUCUUUAAUAUGCUGUUAAAUUAUUGCUGUCAAUCAUGGAUUUUUCCUCCUUUUGGUAACACAAGUGCUGUAGAAAAUGUCUUUUCAAAUGCUGGCAAUUACAGUGAACUUCUCAUAGAGGCCUGCUUGUUUGGAACUGUUUUCAGGCGUGAUCAAAGACUCAUUCAGGAAGUAUGUGCUUUUGUAGAAAACCUUGGAGAAGAAUGUGCAGCAAAUAUUGUUACAGAAAGUACAAAGAGAGAUGACCAUUACGUGAGAGUUUGUGCCAUCAAAUUCCUGUGCUUGCUAGAUGAGUCAAAUCCAUUGCACAAGAAGUUUAUAGAAGAUUUUGUUAUGAAACUACUUGAUAAAGGUGAAUUGAUAUCCAAAUCAAAAACUCGCUAUUAUGUGAACUCCUUGCAGCACAGAGUUAAAAAUCGACUUUGGCAGACGCUCCUAGUUCUUUUCCCAAAACUUCAUGAGGAUAAUUUAACAAGAACUAUUGACAGAAUUCUUCGGGCUGGAUAUAGCAACAAUCAAGCAUCUGUAAAGUAUCUAAUAGAGUGGACAAUAAUCUUGAUUCUACACAAGUUUCCCCAUUUUCUUCAAAAAUUCUGGGAUUGCUUUAGCUAUGGUGAAGAUCAGCUUAAAACUAGCAUCUGCACGUAUUUAGCAGUGUUGUCACAUUUUGACAUAAUACUUCAAAAUAUAUCUGAGAAAACACCAGUUUUGAAGAAAGCUCUAGUAGUUGUCCUACAGUGGUGCUUCCAUCACAAUUUCAGUGUUCGACUUUAUGCUUUAAUUGCUCUUAAGAAGAUCUGGGGACUGUGCAAAGCAUUGUAUGUGGAUGACUUUGAGACUUUAACUCCUGUUAUUGAAUGCAGUCUUAACCAAGCAGAAAGCAUGCAUGGAACAGGGAUGAUCGUCAUGUGAGGUAGUCAUCCAGGAACCAAAGAAGGAGACAUUCCAACUCCAUAAUAAAUGGGCACCCUGAGUUUCAGCAAAGGUUCUUGAGCAUCACAAGGAGCUUGAGCAUUCCACCUGCGAGGUCCUUCACAUGUGCAGAACCCAGGAUUAUGAAUGUCUAUGGAUCACUUAAAGAUCAUGUUACAGAUAAGCAACCUGUUUUUAUGAUACAUUUUAAUUUUUCUGAGGAAUAUUAACACUUCUGUUUAUUUAAAAUCAUUUGAGGUAGGGAAGCCUUGAACAAAUUCUGCUAUAUAGAACAGGAAGAAAUAUCAUUUUAUACCAUGAAACUUAAAGCAUUGCAGUGAUUUAAAGUCAAUUUUUUUCUGUAUUUUAUGUGCAGAAAAAUAGGUGCAAGAUAAAGAUUUAAUCAUGCAAAUCUAUGGAUUAGUACAGGAAAAACAAAAUUUUAAAAGUAGCUCCCCUCUGUGCUUCUUUUGCUGAGGGAGAAAUUUAAUAUUGAACAUCCUUUUUUGUAGAUAAAUAGUAGAGGAAUUGAUGUCUUCAUAUUGUUGAAUGUAAUAAUACUGCUGAUAUAUUUGCUGUGAUUCACAAGACACAUGCACCUGAGUUAUUCUGUUUGUCCAGCAGCUGUUCCUAUUGCCAUCCCUUCAAGCUACCUGUAAACUUCAUUUAAAAAGGAGUGCAUAGUUUGCCUGCAAUAGUUACAGCAGAUACAAGGGCUGGAAACAUUCUGUUGAAUGUGCACCACUGCUUGUAAUUAGUUGAUUGUAGCCAUAUGGUCCAAUUCAUUAUACACAAAUGGACUUCCUAAUUCAUUCAGUUGAGAAGACCCCUAACCAACAGAUGAAUUCAUAUGUAGAUCAAGUGCUUUACAGAAACCACAUGGAGCCCUUAUUACUUUAAUAUUCCUGUGCCAGUAUAAAUGCCCUCGACUGGAGUGAUGCUGUGUAAUUUCUCACAAUGUCUGUUUUGCUUUUACUACUUGUAAACAGAAGCAAAUUGCAAAAGAAAGAUGAGUUAGUUACCCAUUUGGUUAUUUCCUCUGUAGAAGAUUAUUGAAGAUUCUCUCUAGUCAUGCAUCUUAAUGCUAUUUUUAUUAUU